GAAAAAUAUUUUUAUCAGAUAAAUCAAAUCAGAUGAAAAACGAGUUUGGCCGUGAUUGGCCAAAUGCAAAAGGCUAUUGGGCCAGGGAGUGGAUAUGAGCGAGGGCCGUCAAUUACGGAGUUAGCACUGGCCAGUUGGGUUGAUGAGGCCCAAUUAACACAACAAUGGUGGGACGAGGUGCUCGGUUCUUUUUAUUUUUCCUGGCCCAACGCGGCACAAGAACAAAACAUCCCAUCCACCCGGAUUGUGGUGUCUGUAAUUGUACCAGCAAUUUCAUUGUAGAGUCGAGUCGGGCCAGCCGUGUGGCAGAUGGCGGAUGGCAGGUGGCAUGGCUUCGGAUCUCCCCCUGUCUAGGCAGAGCCAUACCAGUUAAGCCUCGUCGUGGUUUGUGCCAUGCAGCGAACCAGUUUGGCCCGCCAAAUUCACGCCUCGUUGCCCGAGUCGGCUUAUCAGAUCAAUCAAUUGGAAUUAAUCUCGGCACACCCGACAUUUUUCGCGCCAACUGUCUUUCGCAGUAUAUAAAUUCGCUCAUCCCUGAGCACUUUUUCUUCCUUUUUCGAACUACUUACCAUAAGAGAUGAGGCUAUUAUCGUUGUUGUUCUUUGCCUUCCUUGUUAGGUUCAUCCAUGGUGAAACCCACACUUGGUACUUCGAAACCGGAUGGGUUGACGCCAACCCAGAUGG